AUGGAGAAAGAGAAAAGAGACGCUGAAGAGGCUGCAGAGGCGCUGAAAGAUAAAAGAAAGGAUCUUGUGAUUGAUAAAGAAGAGAUUCUUGUGAAUACUAAUGAUGUUGAGAUGAAAGACACAGAGGUAGAGGUUGAGGCAGAUAUUGAAGUGAACCUUGCUAUUAUUCCUGUUGGAGAAGUGAAGGAUGUGAUUCAUAGUGAAGAGGCAAGUCUUAGAAGAAUCGAAGUUGAACGUCGUUGUUUAAAGGAGAAGUUGAAUAAGUAUAAAGUUGAUGACGACGAUGAAGAGUUGAAAGAAAUGUUUGGAGAUGAAGAUGAAGAUGAUGAUGCCAAAGAUGAUAAAGAUGACAAAUAUGAUAAGGAUGAUAAUGAGAUUACAGAGCACAGUUGUCAUAAUGAUGAUGAUCAAGACGGUGCUAGUGGUUUGUUGAUCACAAAGCCAUCAGGUCCAACUACUAUUAAAGAUUUCUUGAAUGAUGAGCUGAAUGAGCAACGAGAAGAAGAUCAACAUCAUGGGGAGUCUUCGUCUGGAACCAAACAUGCUGAUAUUCACGAGGUAUUCCUUAAUCUUCCUAAACUUAUUUACUUGAAUCAUACUGAGGAAGAUGGGGAGUUAGUAGAAAACUGGACUAGGAGUCCAUGUUAG